AAAUAGGCAAAAUUACAAAAAAGAUAAAAGAGGAAAAAAAGGGGGGAAAAACACAUUCUUCUUUACUGCCACAAACACAAAGAAGAGAAAAACAGCUGUGAAAUGAAAUCUCCAAAUCGUUUGAACAGGCAAAGGAUUUAGGGAUUUUGGAAAUCUGAAUCGGAAAUCACGUCGAAGUUGCUUUCUCUAUAAUGUCGACUCCAUUUUCGAGCUUAGAAGCCGGUGGAGGAGGAGGCGUAGCGAUAAUGGCAGGUCCUUUGAAUCCAAUAGAUCCAUCCACACCGUCCAAAUCUUGCAUGAAGAAUUCGGCAUCUAAAUCUCCCAUUCUCAUCUUUCUAUUCUUCCACAAGGCCAUCAAGGCUGAGCUCGACGGCCUCCACCGAGCUGCCAUGGCUUUUGCCACCAACCACCACGACGCUGAUCUUACUUCUUUGUUGGAGAGAUAUCAUUUUCUUCGUGCUAUAUAUAAGCACCAUUGCCACGCCGAAGAUGAGGUUAUCUUUCCGGCUCUUGAUAAUCGUGUGAAGAAUGUGGCUCCAACAUAUUCACUUGAACAUGAGGGUGAAAGUGUACUGUUCGAUCAGUUGUUUGCAUUGCUGAAUUCAGAUAUGCAGAAUGAAGAAAGCUAUCGGCGAGAAUUAGCCUCUUGCACUGGAGCCCUUCAGACAUCAAUUACUCAGCAUAUGUCCAAGGAAGAGGAGCAGGUAUUCCCCUUGCUUAUUGAGAAGUUUACAUUCGAAGAGCAGGCAUCACUGGUAUGGCAAUUUCUUUGCAGCAUACCUGUUAAUAUGAUGGUGGAGUUUCUUCCAUGGCUUUCCUCUUCUAUAUCAUCUGACGAACACCGAGAUAUGCGUAAGUGCUUGAGCAAGAUAAUUCCAAGAGAGAAACUUCUUCAUCAGGUUAUUUUCACCUGGAUGGAAGGUGUUAAGACAACUGAGACAUGUAAAAAUUGCAAAGACGAGGCUCAAUGUGACGCUUCUGGGCCUGUUUUCUUACCAAGUCCAACUGAAAGUGGCCACUGUGCAUGUGAAUCUUCCAAAAGUUGUAAAAGAAAAUAUACGGAGCUAAGUUCUGGACUUGAGUAUUCUACUCUGUCCUGUCCUAUAGAUGAAAUUAUGCUUUGGCAUAAUGCUAUUAAGCGAGAACUGAAUGAUAUAGCUGAGUCUGCUAAGAAAAUACAACUUUCUGGUGAUUUUUCUGAUUUAUCUGGCUUCAACGAGAGGCUGCAGUUCAUUGCUGAAGUAUGCAUCUUUCACAGUAUUGCUGAGGAUAGAGUUAUAUUCCCUGCCGUAGAUGCAGAACUAUCUUUCACUCAGGAGCAUGCAGAAGAAGAAAUUCAGUUUAACAAUCUUAGGUGCCUUAUCGAGAAUAUUCAAAGUGUGGGAGCCGACUCAUCUUCUGCUGAAUUCUAUACAAAUUUAUGUUCACAGGCUGAUCAAAUAAUGGAUAGUAUACAAAAGCAUUUCCAUAGUGAAGAAGUACAGGUACUUCCACUUGCUCGGAAGCACUUCACCCCUCAAAGACAGAGAGAACUUCUUUAUCAGAGCUUAUGUGUGAUGCCCUUGAAAUUAAUUGAGUGUGUCUUGCCAUGGUUGGUGGGAUCGUUAAGUGAAGAAGAAGCUAGGUCUUUCCUUCAAAAUAUGUAUUUGGCAGCUCCACCAUCAAACUCUGCAUUGGUUACACUAUUUUCUGGUUGGGUGUGCAAAGGUCGUUCUGCAGAUGUUUGUCUGUCUUCCGGUUUAUUUGGUGGCUGUCCUGCAAGAAUACUUACUAGAGCCCAGAAGGAUAUUGACCAACCAUGCUGUGCAUGCACCUCUAUCUGUUCUACCGAGGAAAGGCCAAAUUGUGUUAAGGCAGAUGAUAAUAGAAGGCCAGUAAAGCGGGAAAUUUUUUUAUCUGAAGACUCGGAUUCUUUUCAGUUGACAGGAAUAAUAAAUAGCCAUAAAUUAUCUUGUAGUGAUCAAUCUUGUUGUGUCCCAGCUUUAGGAGUGAAUAGCAGUAAGCUGGGCAUGAGUUCUCUGGCUGCAGCAAAAUCUUUGCGGUCAUUAUCUUUUACUCCUUCUGCUCCCUCCCUCAACUCCAGUCUUUUUAACUGGGAAACAGAUAUUAGCUCUAGUGAUGUUGGAAGCUUACGACCAAUUGAUAACAUAUUCAAAUUUCAUAAAGCCAUCCGUAAAGAUUUGGAAUAUUUGGAUAUUGAAUCUGGAAAGCUUAAUGAUUGCAAUGAGACUUUCCUUAGGCAGUUCACUGGCAGAUUUCGCUUGUUGUGGGGUUUAUAUAGAGCUCACAGUAAUGCUGAAGAUGAUAUAGUAUUUCCAGCACUAGAAUCUAAGGAGACUCUUCAUAACGUUAGCCACUCUUAUACUCUGGAUCACAAACAGGAGGAGAGGCUUUUUGAAGAUAUUUCAUCUGCACUUUCUGAGCUUACGAAACUUUGUGAAUGCUUGAACAAUAGUGAUGUGCAUGAUAACAUGAAUGAAAUUAACUCUGAUUCUUCUGAGAAAAAUGAUACAAUGCAAAAGUACAUUGAAAAAUCCACAAAGCUUCAGGGCAUGUGUAAAUCCAUUAGAGUAACACUGGAUCAACAUGUGUUCCGAGAAGAACUUGAGCUUUGGCCGUUGUUUGAUAGACAUUUUUCUGUGGAGGAGCAGGACAAGAUUGUUGGCCGAAUUAUUGGUACUACAGGUGCAGAGGUGCUCCAGUCAAUGUUGCCAUGGGUAACUUCUGCCCUUUCUCAGGAGGAGCAGAAUAAAAUGAUGGACACAUGGAAACAGGCAACUAAGAACACAAUGUUCAGUGAGUGGCUUAAUGAAUGGUGGGAAGGAAAUGCAGCAUCUUCACCGACAUCAACAUCUGAGAGUUGCUUUUCUCUUGGCACCGAUGUACAUGAAAGUCUAGAUCAUAGUGAUCUCAAUUUUAAACCUGGAUGGAAGGAUAUAUUUCGUAUGAAUCAGAAUGAGCUUGAAGCUGAGAUCAGAAAAGUUUCUCGGGAUUCAACUCUUGAUCCAAGGAGAAAAGCGUAUCUUAUUCAAAAUCUUAUGACCAGUCGCUGGAUAGCUGCACAGCAGAAGUCUCCUCAAACUUCAGCAGUGGAAGGUUCAAAUGAGGAAGACAUACACGGAUGCUCUCCAUCUUUCAGAGAUCCAGAGAAACAGGAAUUUGGAUGUGAACAUUACAAAAGAAAUUGUAAACUCCGUGCUGCUUGCUGUGGAAAAUUAUAUACUUGUAGGUUUUGUCAUGAUAAAGUCGGUGACCAUUCAAUGGAUAGGAAGGCUACAACUGAAAUGAUGUGCAUGAGUUGCCUGAAAAUCCAGCCUGUUGGACCAGUUUGCAUGACACCUUCGUGUGGCCAGCUCUCAAUGGCAAAAUACUACUGCAGCAUCUGCAAAUUUUUUGAUGAUGAAAGGACUGUCUAUCAUUGCCCAUUCUGCAACUUAUGCCGUGUUGGAAAGGGACUUGGUGAUGAUUUCUUUCACUGUAUGGUGUGUAAUUGCUGUCUGUCCAAGAAGUUGGUGGACCACAAAUGUCGAGAAAAAGGUCUAGAAAUAAACUGUCCUAUCUGCUGUGAUUUUUUGUUCACAUCAAGUGAAAGCGUAAGAGCACUUCCAUGCGGUCAUUUCAUGCAUUCAGCAUGUUUUCAGGCAUAUGCAUGCAGUCACUACAUCUGCCCAAUUUGUAGCAAAUCAAUGGGAGAUAUGGCGGUUUACUUUGGCAUGCUCGAUGCCCUUUUGGCUUCCGAGCAGCUUCCAGAAGAAUACAGGAAUCGUUGUCAGGACAUACUGUGCAAUGACUGUGAUAAGAAGGGAACGGCAGCAUUUCACUGGAUGUAUCACAAGUGUGGUUAUUGUGGUUCAUACAAUACCAGGGUAAUCAAGGUUGAGUCAGCAAAUACCUUCUGCUCGACCUCAAAUGUUUGAGGGAUCUGAUCUCAUGUUAAUUUAGGUAUGUGUGUAAAUACCUCAAGAGUGCCCGCUUACGUACAAGGCUCGUAUAAAAUCAAAAUUAUUGCAGGAAUCAAAAUCCUUUUUUUCUUUCUUCGAUUUCAAUCCCUAUAGAUAGAAGAAAUUAGCCUUUUUUUUUUUCAAAGAUGUUAAUUGUUGUUGAAAGGCAGAGCAAGUUUCAAAGAUGUAUUCAGAACUUUUACCUUGUC